AUGCACAAGAGAGUACUACUUACCGGUGCGACCGGUUACGUUGGAGGCUCAGUCUUAACUUGCCUCCUGGCGUCUCCACGAUUAGAACCAAUUUCGAUCUCAGUUCUUGCCCGAGACCCGGAACGUCUCGCAGCUCUUGAGGGCAAAGUGUCUCUUGUAACAUUCCGAGACCUAGACGACACAGAUUCAUUGGAAAGCAUCGCCAGUAACUUCGACAUUGUUAUCCAUUGCGCCAAUGGUCACCACGUGGACUCUCCACGAGCUUUCAUCCGUGGGCUGGCCCAAAGAAAAAGGUCACUGGGUGGCGAACCAUUUUACAUCCAUGUCAACUUCAGGAACAUCAAGUCUAGGCGACUAUGGGAUCACGAAACGAUACGUCGAAACUCGAGCAUUGACAAACAAGACGACAUCUUCGAGUAUGAGGAGCGUCGAGAAAACACUGCGGCCUACCCGCAGAGAACUGCCGAUAUCUCCGUCAUUCAAGCAGGAAAAGAGACUGGUAUUAAAACGUAUAUCAUGAUGCCACCUUGCAUCAUUGGUCGUGGUACAGGACCGUAUCGCCAACAGUCUCACCAAGUUCCAAUGCUCGUUCGUAACGCGAUACGACAAGGCCAAAGCGAGUUCGUGGGUGACGGAUCUUACACAAUAGGCCAUGUCGAUAUUCAGGACCUAGCUAAUGUCUUCGAACUCUUGCUGUCGCGACUUUUAGCUGGCGAAAGCCUACGAUACGGAAGGCGAGGAAUCUACUUCUCCAACACGGGCAGUCACAGCUGGCUGGAAGUAGCUCAAGCAAUUGGUGUAGUUGGUCACGAGUUUGGACUUUUGAAGGAUACUGAGCCGAAAUCGGUUGAGUUGUCCGAAUUCGCACGUCGGGAGUUUAAUAACGACCGUCACACCACCGAGCUAGUCGUAGCUGCCAAGUAA